AUGAUCUUUUGCGCGUCAUUCCCAACAGAUCCUCCAGAGUGCAAGGUGACUCAACAAGGCGGUGAAUACAUUGGAAGGAAGAACGUGACUUAUUCAGGCUUUCCAUGCCAACCGUGGAGAGAGUCGAAAGAAUCCAAAGCUGUUGAAAACCACCUACCCGUUUUUCCGGACGUAGAUAAAAUUGAUGAAAUUCACAACUUUUGCCGGAACCCUGAUGGAGACGCUGCUCCCUGGUGUUUCAAUGGAAAAGGGGAAGAUCCCGAGUAUGAAUACUGUGACGUUCCCUUCUGUGAGACCCGAGAAACUCGAAAUGAAGCCGAGAAGAAGGAAUAUCCGGAAUGUCGUCUGUCGGAGAAGGGAAAGGAAUAUGUGGGGACCAAGGACGUGACUGAAACAGGAAUGCUUUGUGUGGAAUGGUCAUCUCGGGCUUUUCCGAGGCCUUGGGACUUUUUCAAUGAGAAUAUUGCAUAUUCAGAGCACUUCCUGAAUAAGGACCUGAAAUUGCACAAGAAUUACUGCCGAAAUCCCGGUCUUCACAGGGAAAGACCUUGGUGCUUCGUCUCUGACGUUAACAUCCAAUGGGAAUACUGCGACAUCCCUUUCUGUCAUGACCCGAAUCCACCGGAGUGCAAGCUGACUGGAAAAGGAGGAGAAUACGUUGGAAGGCGAAAUGUGACCAUCUCGGGGUUCGCUUGUCAACAUUGGCUUGCUAAGCAUCCCACGGAACAUGAAGAUGUGGCGGAACACCUCUCAACUUUCUCCGAUGAAGUGGAUGGGAGUCACAAUUUCUGUCGCAAUCCUGACUUCUCUGGCCAUGGACCAUGGUGCUACACUCUAGGCACUGACUUCAGGAAGAACUGGGAGUAUUGUGAUGUUCCUCUUUGCGCCGGAAAAGAAGAAAAACCAUGCGAUAUUCGUGUCUCUGGGAAAUGCAUUGUCCCUGUGGAAUGCAAAACGGACACCCAAGGAAAGGACUAUAUGGGAAAAAUAAAUAUUACGAAAUCAGGAUUACCUUGUCAGCCGUGGAUGAGCCGAACGCCGAACUACGGACCAACCAAGUUGGAGUACUACACAGAUGCAAGUGCCUUACCGGACGACAUAUAUCCUUCUCACAAUUUCUGUCGUAACCCGGAGGGAGACCCAGAUGAACCGACUCUCGGAGUCUGCGGCAUCAAGUGCGUGAUGCAGACGCCACCCUGCUAUGCCUUCAACUUUCGGGAAUCCGAUGGUUCAUGUCAGCUGGUUAUCAACGGGAGGAGCGGGCUCGUGGAAGCCAAUGGAUUUGGGUCCUUCGUUCAGGAACUGUGCCUGACAGAGCAUCCAAACAUCAAGAACGCCAUAGCAACCUUUGAGAAAUGGAACGGGGAAUACCCAGCUCCAGCAGGAGGAAAGGUGAUUCUCCGUUGUGAAACUGCGAAAGGAUUUUCGGAUGGUUCUUCUCUGCACAUGGCCACCUGCUCCUCUGCAUCACUGGAUACCUGGUGCAGCACCUUCCAGGAAAAUGAAGUCCACUGUGAGCAAGACCACAAAUAUCCAGAAUGCAAAUUGACAAAAAAGGGAAGAGAAUACAUUGGGAGAGUAAAUAAGACAGAAUCAGGAAAAGAAUGUCUGAGAUGGGACAGUCAGCCCAACGGGAAACCAGAUGACUUUUUCCCCAAUGUGACCUACGAUGGCCACUUCACAAACCUGGAUGCCUGGUCUCACAAGAACUACUGUCGGAACCCAUCCGGGAAGGAGAGGCCCUGGUGCUUCGUCUCCCACCAAAUGGGAGUUCAAUGGGAAUACUGUGACAUUCCCAUGUGCACGGACACAAAUCCUCCAGAGUGUAAGGUGACCCAACAAGGUGGUGAGUACAUUGGGAAGAAGAAUGUGACCCAUUCGGGGAUUCCAUGCCUACCGUGGAGAAACUUGAAACUUGAGAACAAAAUUAUUGAGAGAUACCUACCUGGUUUGCCGGAUGUAGAUGAGAUUGACGAAAUUCACAACUUCUGCCGCAAUCCUAAUGGUGACGCUGCUCCUUGGUGCUUUGAAGGAGGAGGGGAAAAUCCGGAGUAUGAAUAUUGUGACAUUCCCUUCUGUAAGACUCAAGAAGUUCGAAUUAGACUCGAGGGGAUCGUUUAUCCAGAAUGUCGAUUGACGGAGAAAGGAAAGGAAUAUGUGGGGACACAGAAUGCGACUGAGACAGGAAAGCUUUGUAUCGAUUGGGCAUCUCAGCCUUUCCCCACGCCUUGGGACUUUUUCAAUGAGAAUAUUGCAUAUUCAGAGCACUUCCUGAAUAAGGAAAUGAAAUUGCACAAGAAUUACUGUCGAAAUCCCGGUCUUCACAGGGAAAGACCUUGGUGCUUCGUCUCUGACGUUGACAUCCAAUGGGAAUACUGCGACAUCCCUUUCUGUCAUGACCCGAAUCCACCGGAGUGCAAGCUGACUGGAAAAGGAGGAGAAUACGUUGGAAGGCGAAAUGUGACCAUCUCGGGGUUCGCUUGUCAACAUUGGCUUGCUAAGCAUCCCACGGAACAUGAAGAUGUGGCGGAACACCUCUCAACUUUCUCCGAUGAAGUGGAUGGGAGUCACAAUUUCUGUCGCAAUCCUGACUUCUCUGGCCAUGGACCAUGGUGCUACACUCUAGGCACUAACUUCAGGAAGAACUGGGAGUAUUGUGAUGUUCCUCUUUGUCCCAGAAGCGAUGGAAGACAGUGCGAUAUUCGCGUCUCUGGAAAAUGUAUAGUCCCUGUGGAAUGCAAAACGGACACCCAAGGGAAAGACUACAUGGGAAAAAUGAAUACUACGGAAUCGGGAUUACCUUGUCAGCCGUGGAUGACCCGAACUCCGAACGAUCUUACGGACAUCAGGGAUUUCGAUUAUGAUGAAAGUGCAUUUCCGGGCGACAUGUAUCCUUCUCACAAUUUCUGCCGUAACCCGGAUGGAGACCUUUUUGGUCCAUGGUGUCAGAAUGCUGCAGGAACGGAACCGUCAUACGAUUAUUGCGACAUCCCAAUAUGUCUUUAA